AUGAGUGAACGCGCGGCUCUUCUUACGCACACUUCUCACAGUCGCUCCAGCCCCAGCUCCAGCCCCAGCUCCAGCCCCAGCUCCAGCCCCAGCUCCAGCCCCAGCUCCAGCCCCAGCUCCAGCCCCAGCUCGGGCCCCAGCUCCAGCCCCAGCUCCAGCCCCAGCUCCAGACCCAGCUAUAGCUCCAGCCCCAGCUCCAGCCCCAGCUCCAGACCCAGCUAUAGCUCCAGCCCCAGCUCCAGCCCCAGCUCGGGCCCCAGCUCCAGCCCCAGCUCCAGCCCCAGCUCCAGACCCAGCUAUAGCUCCAGCCCCAGCUCCAGCCCCAGCUCCAGACCCAGCUAUAGCUCCAGCCCCAGCUCCAGCCCCAGCUCGGGCCCCAGCUCCAGCCCCAGCUCCAGCCCCAGCUCCAGCCCCAGCCCCAGCUCCAGCCCCAGCCCAGCUCCAGCCCCAGCUCCAGCCCCAGCCCCUAAACAAAAACAUGACAAUAUGGAAGUGUGCACCAAUAUUGAGCUGAGAAAGAAAAGGCUCAUACACCACGACUCCGUGAAGCUGAUCAAGUUCGCGGACGACACCACCCUCAUUGGACUCAUCUCCAACAACGAUGAGUCCGCCUACAGGAGGGAGGUGGACCGGCUGGUGUCCUGGUGCAGUGGUAACAACCUGGAGCUGAACGCCCAGAAGACAGUGGAGAUGAUUGUGGACUUCAGGAAGAGCACUGUCCCCCCGCCCCCACCCUCCGUGAUGGACUCCCCCAUCACCUCUGUGGAGUCCUUCCGUUUCCUGGGCACCACCAUCACCCAGGACCUCAAGUGGGAGCCGACCAUCAGCUCCCUCAUCAAGAAGGCCCAGCAGAGGAUGUACUUCCUGCGGCAGCUCAGGAAAGCCAAGCUGCCUGCACAGAUGUUGGUGCAGUUCUACACGGCCAUCAUCGAGUCCAUCCUCACCUCCUCCAUCACCGUGUGGUUCGCUGGAGCCACAGUCAGGGACAAACAGAGACUACAGCGCAUUGUGCGCUCUGCAGAGGAAGUGAUCGGCCGCAGCCUUCCAUCGCUGCAGGACCUGCAGGAGGCUGCGGUCCAUCAGGACUAG